AUGUCACCAACCGAUCCCGCGCCGCCGUCCCCAACUGGAGCCCCCGACCGGUAUGCGCCUUCGGUCAUCGCUGCUCAAGCACGCGACAUGGCCACCACCCCGCACACGUCUGCGACCUGGAGCUCGCCUCUGCGCCACCUCGCCGUCAAGGUCGCCAACACGCCAGAUGGUCCGGUCAACGCCCUGUGUGGCGCCUCUGCAGGUGUGGCUUCGGGCAUCGUGACGUGCCCGCUCGAUGUGAUCAAGACCCGUCUUCAGGCCCAGGGCUCCUUCCGUCCCCGCACCUAUACGGGGCCUACGCGCGCAGUCUACAAAGGCCUUACGGGUACGGCCCGCGUCAUCUGGCUCGAGGAUGGCAUUCGAGGCUUGUAUCGAGGACUGGGCCCCAUGUUGCUGGGCUACAUUCCCACCUGGGCCGUCUACAUGAGCACGUACGAGUACACAAAGGACUUUUUGAAUCCGCAGAUGGAUAACAAAUGGCUUGCACGGACACUUGCUUCCCUCACCGCGGGAGGAUGCUCAACGCUCGUUACAAACCCCAUCUGGGUUGUCAAGACAAGACUCAUGUCCCAAGUCAGCGCCCGCGCAUCCGAAGACCAUCGUCCCCCGUGGCACUACAAAAACACAUUUGACGCAUUUCGCAAAAUGUACGCCAAGGAGGGCAUCAUGUCUUUCUACUCGGGCCUCACGCCCGCCUUGCUCGGACUUACCCACGUCGCUAUCCAGUUUCCUCUGUACGAGUAUCUCAAGAAGAAAUUUACCGGUCUCGAAAUGGGGCAAACAGACGUCAAGUCGGAAGACGUGCACUGGUGGGGCAUUGCAUUGGCAACCGUGCUGAGCAAGGCCACGGCGACAUCGGCGACCUAUCCCCACGAAGUUCUGCGUACCCGACUGCAAACGCAGCAAAGAUCACUACCAACUACCUCCCAUGACAAUGUAUCUUUCAGGGGAGGACAUAGCGGACCGGGCUACCAUACUCGACCUCCAGGUACAUCCUCGUCGGAUGGCAUGGUGAAUAUACCACGAUAUCGUGGCGUCAUCAAGACGUGCACAGUAAUCCUGCAAGAGGAAGGCUGGAGAGCCUUCUAUAACGGCAUGGGAACGAACAUGGUUCGCGCAGUCCCUGCAGCUGUAACGACCAUGAUGACUUUUGAAUCCCUAAAGAUUGUGCAUCAGAAGCUGAAGAAUGAGGGUCAGAGGAUACAAGAAGAGGAGUGA